GUCGUACCAGUGUCUCAACUAGUUGGUGAGUGGUCACAAUCACAAGGUCCAAAAUUUACUCCUACUGUUGUGAUAGAAAACGACUAAUAACAGGUGGAAUCUCGUAAUCUCUAUUCCCGUCACUCUGCAUCUUUAUCCAUGGCUUCCUCAUCAUACAGGAAAUAUGAAACCCGAAAGCGAAAUCCAGACCCGAAAUCUGCGGUUCUUUUAGUGAUAGACAUACAGAACCACUUCUACUCCAUGGCCAAGCCUAUUCUCCCCGCUAUCAACACCACCAUCGACCUCUGCCGACAGGCUUCCGUGCCUGUGAUAUUCACGCGCCACCGUCACAAGUCACCGGAUGACUACGGCAUGCUCUACGAGUGGUGGAACGGAGACGUCAUCAGAGAUGGCACCAUUGAAGCUGAACUCAUACCGGAGUUGAACCGGAGAGAUGCUGACUUGGUGGUAGAAAAGCACACUUAUAGUGCCUUCAGAGAUACAAGCCUAGAGGAGAAACUGUUGGAGAUGGGGAUAACGGAGGUAAUAGUGAGUGGAGUAAUGACCAACUUGUGUUGUGAGACUACAGCCAGAGAGGCCUUUGUGAGAGGGUUCAGAGUCUUCUUUUCCACAGAUGCUACUGCUACUUCCUCAGCAGAAUUGCAUGAUGCUACACUGAAGAACUUAGCUUAUGGUUUCACUUAUUUGGUUGACUGCAAAAGGAUUCAAGAUGCGUUUUCAAAUUCCUGAGCACUCAGGUAUCAUAUAACUAUGACAAAAUAUUGUGAAUUAGGUGAUAUUGUAACUAAAAGAUACUAGCGGGUGAGGACCGUGGAGAAGCACUAGCGAGUAAAGAUUUUGGAAUAAGUAGAUGUAAGAAUAAAUGCAUGACAAGUUUAUUCCCCCAGAUGAAAGUGAAGUUAGAUUCCGCAAUUGUGGUGUAUAAAUCUAAACAAUUAAAAUAUUUACAUUCAGUGUUUUAAUUAAGGAGAAUGCAUAGUAGAUUAA